GUGAAAGGUGCUGCUCAUAGUGAUGAACCAAAGAUGAAUUAUUACCAGUUUCUGCAGCUCUACAGGUUAAUGACAUUCAGUUAGAUGAGACCAUUGUGAAAGUGGCAGAAACAUAAGGAUGUCACAUUUUCACAGCAACACUGAGUAGGAAACAAGACUCAUCACAACAAUGACCUUAAAAACAGUUUCAGAAGGAGAAGUGGAAAAAGUGAAAAUAGAAACAGUAAAAGUUUUACCUAACUCUAAGGAAGUAUAGAAGUUACUUUAAAAAGCCUCAUGUACCACUUCCUCAUCCUCCCCCUUCUGCCCCUUCCACUCCUCCUCCCAUCUCCUACCACCCGACUCUGAUCACCAUGCAACUCUCUACAAAAAAAUCUCCUCCAUCACUGUUCGGGUCGCACGCAUCCCUCAAACCCUGUUCUGUCUGUCUGACUGACUGGUGAAUGAAGGUACUUUAAGGGAACUCGUGUCAGCAGAGAUGUUGGCAGGUGCGUUAGUUCUGGGCACCAUCCUUACAGCUUUACCAGGUACCCAGAGCAGGUGGAGUGUGUCAUUUUCUAGGAGGGAGAUCUGUGUGUGGGCAGGAACUACUGUCACUCUGCCCUGCCGUUAUGACUACCCGUCAGGUCACACUGUGAAGCGGGUCAUGUGGUUCCGUGUGUCUGCAGAAGGUCGCAGGGAGUUUGCUCACCACACUGACCCAAACCAGAUCAGCCUGUCAUACCGUGGACGUACACGCUACAUCGGGGGCAGCUACUCCAGCUGUUCAGUUCAGAUUCGGGUUGUAAAGCUGAGUGAUGCAGGAGAUUAUCACUUCAGGUUUGAGACAAACCAGCCACUGGGGAGAUGGACCUCACCUAACACCAUCACCCUUGAUGUAACAGACCUCCAGGUCCAGGCCCAUCCAGCAAGGCCUGCCAACAUGUUUGGCUUUGGAGAGACUGUGUUUGUAGGCUGCCGGGCCAGUGGAUGUGCUGCACCAGGAAGGAGCCUUGCAUUGUACAGGAACGGACUAAACCUUGGCUCCUAUGAGAAGUGGAUGAUCAUCAACCGCUUUGACCAGCAGCAUGCUGGAGCGUACACCUGUCGACCAAUCCCGCCACAGAAUGUCCAGUCACCGUCCCUCUCCUUGGCUCUGGGACAUGGUCCUCACUCUACGUCCAUCACUGUCUUCCCUGCAGGGGAGGUGUCAGAGGGCGGGUCGGUCACCCUGACCUGCACUAGUGACGGAGCUCCACCUGUAGAGAGCUUUGCAUGGUUCAAAGACUUGGACAUUGGCAGCAUACCAGAUAGUUUCAGGCCUCAGCUCCGCCUGUCUCACCUCAAAUACACAGACAGAGGAGAGUACGUCUGUGUAGCUCGUAACUCAUUGGGAACAGACCGCUCCAAACCACUUCUACUCAAUGUCACUUAUGCUCCAAAAAACACAUGUGUGGUGGUGAGUGCUAAAGGUGACAUCAGAGAAGGCUCAUAUGUAAACCUGAGCUGCAUCAGCCAUGCCUACCCUCCUGCCAACAGGUAUGCUUGGUAUCGUAUCGUAGGUGACCAGGUGCUGGCCAAAGGAACCUUCCAGAACCUGACGUUCCCCAUAGUGCGCGCUCACCACGCUGGUCAGUACUACUGUUCAGCGUGGAGCCGGUUAGGAUCCCAAACCUCCCCUGUUUUUACACUCACUGUCCUUUAUCCUCCUAAAAACACUUCAGUUCUGGCUCGUCCCUCCAGUGUGGUGGAUGCUGGCCGACCUUUGACCUUGACCUGCAGCAGUCAGGCCAACCCAGCAGUGGACAACUUCACGUGGCACCGCUUAACUCUGGACGGGGGAUCUUUACAAUCAUGGGGCACCAAAUCCGGUCCUGUCUUCACCUUCACAGAAGUUGGCCCUGGAGAGAGCGGUCAGUACUACUGUGAGGCCAGGAACCGAAUAGGAGCCCACAGCUCUCCUGUCCUCACCGUACGAGUCAGAGGUCGUCUUAAGGUCAUUGCCUUGGCAUCAGCAGUGGGCGUAUCAGCUGGACUCAUCACUCUCACAGUGGCCAUUAUGAUCAGCAAGAACAUGCACAGAGUAGACAUGGAGUCAGGAGAGGUAGCAAACAAGCGCCCGUCAGUGACAGCUGACACCAUGUUCUAUGAGUCAGCACAACAGACCUUUCCAGUGAGAAAGGGCAAGAUGUCUGACAUACUGGAGGAGCCAGAGGAGUUGAGUGACAGCUCCCACCCUGCCAUUGUUCCUCUCAAGGAUGCUCCACCAGUCACAGAAGUUGAAAGUCGCAGUGCCGCCUCCAACUACAUCACUGUCCACUACUCCAAGCUGUCCAAUGCAGAACAGGUGCAGGUCCACAAUCUGCCACUGGGUGGUGAUAAGAAGCCAAAGGAUUCCUCUAAAGUUGUUUACACUCUAUUGCACCAACCUCGCCACUGACCAGGAAGACAAAGACAGAAAACUCAGUUGAACACAUCAGCCUUCCUCAUGUAAACCAAUCACUUCACCACCAUCCACCCAGAGAGGACAGGAAACGACUCCCUGUGAGCUCUGACGAUGCCUUACACUGUUCUGGGUCAGACAGGUUGUUAUGGAUUCUUCCCCGCAUAAGGACAUGUUUUGGAAUACUGUGGACAUAGGGACAUGUUGUCCUGGUCCUGACUGUGAUGCAAGUGUUUUCCCUUUUUUUUCUAAGCUUCUUCCCACAGUGUGCUGCCUGAUAAAAAGGAAAUGCUUUUAUCGAUAUCUGCUGCUGCAUUUUAGUUGAUAGUUGACACUGAAAUUCCCAACCAAGUAGGGCCUAGGUGUAGAUGACACAGUAUGAUUUUGUUACAGCAUCAUUUGUAUCCUCUGACCACUAAAAAGUUAUUAUUAUUUGUAUUCAAGCACCAUUGUCUCCAUUACAAAAGCAAUAUUAGUGGAAAAACAUCUAUAAACAAUAUACAAUAUUUGAUAUGAAUUUUCACACAGUACUCAACAAUAUUCAGAACUGUUUUCAUUGCUAGUUAAAUGUUGUGGGUUGCUACACUAAAGAAAAUAAAACAAGCAAUUACACAGAACAAACCAUAGCUUAAAUGUAUGUUGCACUCACAAACAUUUGAUAGCAUGAACAAAUUACAACAGUGUUGAGAUAAGAGGGAGUCAGUAAAUGGUUUUUGGAUGAUUUGAGACCAGAAAUAAAAUGAGAUUUUGACUUUCUUUCACAGAAGCCGAGUACAAAUUGUUUCAGUUGAAUCAACCAAACUUACGCUCUUCAAACUUCUUGUAUUUCAGCAAAAGUGACUCACAAUAAAUCCUGUUCUGUUGAAGCCUUGACGGUGUUUAACAAGCAUUGCUAACAGAAAUGGUGGAA